AUGGCGUCUUUCUCACCCAUGUCCUCGAUAAUGGCACGGUCGUUACCUCCACAUUGCUCUCCUACCACACCAUUCCUUGCCCAGCUAUCGUCCUCCUUCCACAGCUGUAUACCUACAGCCCUAGCUCUACUAUCUACAACCCUAGGCACGUUGUCCAUCGUUUCAUGGUUGUUUGCCCAGCUACCACAAAUAUAUAAGAAUUACCAAAUACAAUCGACAGCGGGUCUGUCCAUAUUUUUCCUGGUUGAAUGGUGCUUAGGUGACGCCACAAACCUGCUUGGAGCUUUGUUCACACAUCAGGCUGGAUGGCAAGUAGUCGUUGCUGGAUAUUAUGUUUUUGUUGAUGUUUGCCUUGUUUGGCAGUACUUUUGGUACACAUACAUCAAGCGGAGUUUGGAUGGACAAAGCUUGCAUUCAUCAAAUAGCAGCGAUCUGGGCGAUAGCGAUGUCGACAGCAUCAAUGGGCUAUCGCCAAUCAACUCUCAUUUCAGGGACGAAGAGAUCGCCUCAUUGAAGUCGGACGGCGCCAAGUCAGGAAUUUCCGACUGUUCGCUUCCCAUCAAUGCACCACAACUCUCAGGGAGUGCAUCUGAGAAGGCGGCUCCAAAGCCGAUCUCAGCAUAUCUCUCCGAGAGCGCUGCCUCUAGCUGGAUGCCCUCACCUUCUCCACGCACCCUGCUCUACGUCUCCACGUCUUGCGCUCUUCUGUCCCGCGGAGCAAACGCCGCACCUACAACCGCAGCAUUUUUCACCGCAACAGCAGACAUUCACAUCCUCUCCGCCGAAUCCACAACCGAACUGGCCGGUCGGGUCCUCUCCUGGGCGUCUACCCUCCUCUACCUCGGCUCCCGCCUUCCCCAACUCUACCAAAACUUCAACCGCAAGUCCACCGCCGGUCUAUCACCAUUACUUUUCAUCGCCGCCUUCUGCGGCAACCUCUUCUACUCAUCCUCCCUCCUCACCAGCCCAAAUGCAUGGCAAUCUUUCCCACCCUACGGUGGCCAUGGAUGGGCUGGCCCUGAGGGAUCAGAUAGAUGGGAGUGGGUGGCCUUGGCGGCACCGUUCUGGCUUGGUGCUGCAGGCGUGCUAAGUAUGGAUGGGAUGAUGGGCGUGCAGUUUUUGCUGUAUGGCGGUUAUGGCGAGGAGAAGGUUGUGAAGGUAAGAGACAAGAGGGGUUGGAGUAGGUGGGAAAGAGUUAGUGGAUGGAUGAGGGGGUGGGUGCCGAGCGUGAGAGGCAAGGAGAAGGUUGUGGGGUUGGGGGAAAGCCAGAGGCUGAUGAGGGAGAGUAGGGAGUUGGAACGGAGUAGAGGGGGUUAUGGGAGUAUAAUAUAG